AUGGCAUCAUCCUCGACACCGUCGACGCCCUUGCUAUACUCUUGCAUCGCCCAUCACACCACCAUUCUCGCAGAAUGCACCACGUCAGCCUCUUCGCAAACCUCCUCGCUCGCCUCCCUGAUCCUCCCCAAAAUCGAGCACACCUCGCCACAGAAGCUCACCUACACCCACGGCCAACACCAGAUCCAUUACAUCUCCGAAUCGCCGUCUGACCACCCCGGGCAACCGGGCGCUGGCGGUCUGACCUUUCUCGUCGUGGCCGAUGCCUCCCUCGGCCGUCGCGUGCCCUUUGGGUACCUCUUUGAGAUCCGCAAGCGCUUCUUCCAGCAGUUCCCGCCCAGCUCGGACUUUGCCGACAUGCCCAACUAUGGCGCCGCCGCAUUCAAUGGCGAGCUGAAGACACUCAUGGUCGAGUACGGCUCCACGAGCGGCGGCCAGAGCGACGCGAUUGGCAACGCGAAGCGCGAGAUUGACGACGUGCGCGGCAUCAUGACCAAGAACAUUGAGAGCUUGCUCGAGAGAGGCGAGAGGCUAGACCUGCUGGUGGACAAGACGGACCGGCUGGGUGGCAGCGCGCGAGACUUUAGGAUGCGCAGCAGGGGUCUCAAGAGGCAGAUGUGGUGGAAAAACGUCAAGCUCAUGGCUCUGCUGGGUAUCGUUUCCUUCCUGGUCAUCCUGGCCAUUGUUGUUUCUGUCAAGAAUUAG